UUAUAUACAAAAAUAAAAAUAUUGGUAUGGAAAGAAGGAAGCAGAGGGCAGAGGCAGUGGAGCGAAAGAAAGAUGGAGUGGUCGGAGCAAGCGAAGGCAGAAGCAGAGGUCCUCCUCGUAAAUCCUCCUAAGCCAAAGGCAAAGCCAAAGCGUUUCAUCAAAAACCAAAUCCCCGACUCAAUCCUAAACGACCCUCUUCUGAACGCCGCCAUAUCCGUCCUCCCUUCCAACUACAACUUCGAGGUUCACAAGUCGGUGUGGCGCAUCCUCUCCUCCGGCGCCAAGCGCCUCGCCCUUCAGUUCCCUGAGGGCCUCCUCAUGUACUCCCUCCCCCUCUCCGACAUCUUCACCACCUUCGCCAAUGUCACCCACUGCUACAUCCUCGCCGACGUCACCUACGGCGCCUGCUGCGUCGACGACUUCGCCGCCUCCGCCCUCUCCGCCGACCUCCUCAUUCACUACGGCCACAGCUGCCUCGUCCCCAUCGACUCCACCACCCUCCCCUGCCUCUACGUCUUCGUCGACAUCAAAAUCGACGUCCCCCACUUCCUCCACACCCUAACCCUAAACCUCCAUUCCAAAACCCUCGUCCUCGCCGGCACCAUCCAAUUCGCCUCCGCGAUUCGCGCCGCCAAACCCCAAUUGGAGGAAUUAGGGUUUAGGGUUUUGAUCCCGCAGGCGAAGCCGCUCUCCGCCGGGGAGGUUCUGGGCUGCACCGCGCCCAGGGUGUCGUCGAAUUUGCUUGGUGAGAGCGUUCUGGUUUUCGUGGCGGAUGGCAGGUUUCAUCUGGAGGCGUUCAUGAUUGCGAAUCCCGGGAUUAAGGCGUUUAGGUAUGACCCUUACUUGGGGAAGUUGUUUCUGGAGGAGUAUGAUCAUUUGGGUAUGAAGCGGUCAAGGAAAAAUGCGAUUUUUAAAGCGAGGGAGGCUCGGAGUUGGGGUCUUGUUUUGGGGACUCUUGGGAGGCAAGGGAAUCCGAGGAUUCUUGAGAGGUUGGAGAAGAUGAUGAGGGAGAAAGGGUUUGAUUAUACGGUGGGUUUGAUGUCGGAGUUGAGUCCUGGGAGGAUUGCACUCUUUGAGGAUUCUGUUGAUGCUUGGAUUCAGAUUGCGUGUCCGAGGUUGUCCAUUGAUUGGGGGGAGGCUUUUGUGAAACCGGUGCUUACUCCUUUUGAAGCAGAGGUUGCUUUGGGAGCGAUACCUGGGUGGUGGGAGAAGAAUGAGGUUUGCGAAGAGGAUGGUGUGGGUUGUUGCAAGAAGAGUGGUUCUUGUUGUGGUGGGGAUGAGAACGAUUUUGGUGGAGAUUAUCCGAUGGAUUACUAUGCUCAGGAUGGUGGGGAGUGGAAUUCAUCUUAUGUGAAAAAAUCUUCUCGUCCUGUCAGGAGAGUUUCUAUUGCUGAUAGUGCCAUUUCCCAAUAGCCAUAGAUUUGCUUGGUUAUUUGUCCAAGGUUUUAAAAAACAGGCUACUAUUGCGACUUCAGCCACAAUGUCAAGGUUUUUAGAAUCUCUGCAACAACAAUGCAAUCACAAUUCUAGCUGCAUUUGUCCAGAAUUUCCUGCAAUAUCAAAGACUUCAACUGCGACUACAAUUUAAAACUUUGGUUAUAACGAUUUAUUCUGAAAGGGUAUAAACUAUAUUGUUUUCUUUUGUUUUUAGGUGUCUUAUUUAAGAUAUUUUUUGUUCGAAAAAUGUUUUUGGGAGAAGAAAACAUGCUGAAGUGUUCUUUUCUUUGAUCUGAUAUGAGAGUGAAGAAGAAGGAAUGUGAUAAGGUUUGUCUUUCAUGGCCUGAUUGGAAAAAAAUUUUGAUACAAUUUUUGAACAAUUUUGCAGUUAACAGUUUCUGAUUGAGGAUGUAAAAGUAUUUACCCGGCUAAUUGUGAUUUUAUAUUAGUU